AUCCGUUAUUUUUGACUUAAACUCAACCCCUCGCCAUGGUUGAGGCAACAUCCUGUGGUACAAGUCACAGGUAGCUAGUCGUUAGAGCUAGUUAGUGUUGAAAACCUCUUUCAAUCAGAUAUUAUACUGCCAUUUAUUUUGGGUAUUUGGGUAUAUGAAUCGGACUGGUGUUUGAAUUAAACCUCUGUGCCAUGGUUAAGUUAUUGUUGCAUGGAAUCGACGAUAAUUAAGCACUUUCUCUCGUAGCCUGUGUUGUGGCUAACUUAAUGCUGGUAGCAAGUUUCAAUCAGACCGACUUGACCAGAUCGGCUCGAUUGAAACGUGUUACCAGCAGUAGAACUGUUGUCGUUUAUUGGAGAUAUCAGAGAAUGAUGAUUACUGGGCUGGACGAAGCCCAGUGAUCCCAUCUCUCUAAUAUCUCCUAUAAACGAUAACAUUUGGUUAACGUCCACACCUCAGGUUGCUGUAGGUCAUCAAACACAAGUCAACAUCCGUGUUCCUCUAACACGACAAUACCACACACGACUACUGACAUGUCCUGCAAAUGAUUCACUUCUAAAAAUUGGAUUAUACUAAGAAAUACCACGGACAGACCCAUCAGUGACAAAAGCUACACGCGGCUACUUACAAGUAAACUACACAUGGAUACAUCUAAUCUGUCAUCCAAAGCUAUCUGUUAUUUCUUUGUCCACGUUGUGAUUAAGAUGAUGUUUAUUGGCCGCCAAUCGAACCAGUUGAAUGAGUGAAACUGAGUGUUUGUGGUUAAACACAGCUCGGCAACCAUUCACAGCACAACCCUGACUUCCUGUCUCUCACAAACACACACAGACGCACACACACGUAGGCUUCCAUCCCCACACAGAGAGACUCCAUUUCACAAAGACAGCCUUCAACGACAGUUUGCUUGGAUGCUUCUGUAACAGUUUGGAUAUUUUUCGUAUUGGAUUUGAUGUGUUUUGAACCUCUUUUCCAUGGCAGAUCCAACGAAUGCCGAUAUGUCUCAGGCAGAUAAAAUGAAGCAAGGGCAGUUCACCAAUCCAGAGACACCGGGGUACGUGGGGUUUGCCAACCUACCCAAUCAGGUUCACCGAAAAUCGGUGAAGAAGGGCUUUGAAUUCACCCUCAUGGUGGUCGGGGAGUCUGGCCUUGGGAAGUCCACUCUGAUCAACAGCCUGUUCCUCACGGACCUCUACCCUGAGAGAAUCAUCCCUGGGGCUGCAGAGAAAAUCGAGCGCACCGUUCAGAUCGAGGCCUCCACCGUGGAGAUCGAGGAGCGGGGGGUUAAGCUCCGCCUCACCGUGGUCGACACUCCCGGAUACGGGGACGCCAUCAACAGCCAGGACUGCUUCAGCACCAUCAUUAGCUACAUCGAUGACCAGUUUGAGCGUUACCUGCAUGACGAGAGUGGCCUGAACCGAAGGCACAUCGUGGACAACAGAGUCCACUGCUGUUUCUACUUCAUCUCCCCGCUGGGCCACGGGCUGAAGCCCCUUGACGUCCAGUUCAUGAAGGCGAUCCACAACAAGGUCAACGUGGUCCCAGUCAUCGCUAAGGCGGACACGCUCACGCUGAGGGAGAGGGAGAGGCUGAAGCGCAGGAUUCUGGAUGAGAUUGACGAACACGGGAUCAAGAUCUACCACCUUCCUGAUGCUGAGUCCGACGAGGACGAGGACUUCAAGGAGCAGACCCGGAUCCUGAAGGCCAGCAUCCCGUUCGCGGUGGUGGGGUCCAACCAGCAGAUCGAGGCCAAGGGGAAGAAGGUGAGGGGUCGGCUGUACCCCUGGGGCGUGGUGGAGGUGGAGAACCCCGAGCACAACGACUUCCUCAAGCUGCGCACCAUGCUCAUCACCCACAUGCAGGACCUGCAGGAGGUGACCCAGGACCUGCACUACGAGAACUUCCGCUCGGAGCGCCUGAAGCGCGGUGGCAGGUUGUCAUCACACGGUUAUGUUCUGCCUCUCUCUCCUGCUAACAGGAAGGGGCCGGAGCCGGAGGAAACGGACAAGGACAUGAUCCUGCAGGAGAAGGAAGCCGAGCUGAGGAGGAUGCAGGAGAUGAUAGCCAAAAUGCAGCUACAGAUGCAGAAACAAGGAGAUGGCGAAGGAGACGGCCAUCAUGUGUGAACCCCAAGGUCUGUGAGCCAUGGCCUCGUGGGCUGAAUACGACUGACUGCUUGGGAGACCUUGAGGUCCUUGACUGUACAAGUUGCCACUAUGUUAUUUUAUUUCACUAGAACUUGGGAUUUUUCUUUUAUACCAAACGAUAUAUAUCUAUUCACACUAUUAUGUUUAUGUCUACUUAUUAUUGACCUUGCCAGUUUGCAGAUAUCAGCCUUUUGCCAGUUGAUCCGAUGAAGUAAUUUGAGCGGUUUAGUGGAAGCACCUUUUUCUUUUUUAUGCCAACACACAGGUUACCGUUACUUUAUUUUAUUUUUUCUCAUUGGAAAUGUUAUGUACUAUAGUCCUGCAGGCCAUAAACCCCUAUCAUAUGGUAGGUUUUAGCAUUUCCCCCCCUUUUCUUUUGACAGAAGUCCACAACUGUGAAAAGAAGCUUCUUCUUUUGUGCAAACUAGCGUUACAGCAAACGGUCCCAUUUCCAACAUCGUCAAAGACAAAGCGUGCUCUGAAGUCGUUUCGUGCCGACGAGUCGCUGUAUUUGAAGGUGCUAAACGGCCUUCCCUUUAAUGUUUAUCCCGGCAUGACGCCCCUGGGUCGCGUGUUUGUGUGAAUAUCUGAUACUUUGAGUGAAGAACUGUUUUCAGAUCAGCCUAUCGACUCCCAUCUUAACGUUUGACGACCCAGCCCCUAAUCUUGAUUAUUAACACCAGGAUUGCUGUUAGUGUGUGGGGGAAGUGUCCUCCCAGUACCGCUCUCCUUGUGACUUGAAUACCCGGACCUGGUCCUUUCUGACGGGGGGAGUAGCUGGCGUUGUGACUGUGAUGUGCCUGUAAGGUGUGUGGACCCCCUCGGACGCCACGUCCGCAGUGUAAGGUCACGUGUUUUUAAAUGUCAAUGAGUGGUGCAUGCUACCAAACAGAGUUAAACUGCCCAGCUGUUUUAAUGUGAUGCUUUUAUGACUGAAUAAUGAGGUGUGAGGAGUUACGGGGAGCAGUUUAUGAAGAUUGUGUCAUCGGGCCCAUACUAUACAAACCUUUUUUUGUUUUGUUCUCUGUAGCUGGAUAUGUAGGGGCGAUGACACACUGGCAUUUAACUGAAGGAGGGUUCUGAGGUCUGCUUCUGCAGCAAAGUUGCUAGGCAAUGUCGCAUUUACCAACAUAAAGAAAACAUUGUUGAAGUCCUAUUUCAGUGACAUGAAGUACUAUGUUCAAAAGAGGUGAAAGGUUACAUUUUUUGGAUUUUCCAAAUAGAUUAUAGAUCCGUUUUUAUUGGGCCUUUACGACUCUGUAGGAUGAUAUGGGAUAUUUGAUCAGUGUAGCCAAUAUAUCUUCCACAAGCUAAGGCUAGUGUUUAUAAGAACAUUCCACCUUACUGCCAUUUUAGCCAAAAUUUUACAAAAUAUUGUUAUUAAUGCAUAUGUUGUAAUAAAUCAUUUUAGCAAACUUGCAGUAUACUUGUUA